GUAAGUCUAAAGUUCCACGGGAUGGGGUUAGCUUGAUGAAUCCUUAUAUGUAUGUUAAGACCAUCUACCAAGUUACAUGGACUUCAUAUAAUCAAAUGGAGCUUGGGUAACUAUGCUAUAGGCUAAUAGUUUUUGCACACUUCCUUCAUUUCUCACAUAAACAUUUUGGGAUUUAACGAUGUGAGGAGAGAUUGAAGCUCCCAUAGAUUGGCUGUGGAAGCUCAGUUUCAACUCGGUUAUCUACACAACACACAGCUAAGUUUCCUAUCUGGUCCUUUAAUGGGGAAGACAGGAGGAAGCUCCUGGUUUACAGCAGUGAAAAGGGCUUUCAGGUCUCCUGCCAAAGAAACUGAGAAGAGGAGCAGCAGAAGACGAGAACAUGACCAAGAAGAAGAUGAAGAAGAAGAAAAGAAGAGAGGGAAACGAAGAUGGAUUUUCCGAAAACCUUCAAAUCACCAGGAAACAAUGGCACAGAAUCAUGCUACGUCGAGCACAACAGCCUUUAUUAAAAUGGUGAAAAAUCCUGUUUCUGAGCCAACCGCAACUGCAGCUACUGAGCAGAGGCAUGCACUUGCUGCGGCAAUGGCAGCCGCUGAGGCAGCAGUAGCAACGGCCCAAGUCGCUGUGGAGGUUGCUCGGCUUACUAGGCCUUCCAUUUAUCUCAGACAACACUAUUAUGCCACUCUUAUUCAGACUGCCUUCAGAGGAUAUCUGGCGAGGAGAGCUCUUCGGGCGCUGAAGGGUCUAGUAAAGCUGCAGGCUCUAGUACGAGGUUAUAACGUCCGUAAACGAGCAGAAAUGACUCUUCGGCGCUUGCAGGCUUUAGUUCGAGCACAAACUAGGGUAUGCAAUCGGCGUAAGAAGAGCAUAGGUUCCUUGUUCAGUGAUCCUAGUGGAUUAUGGGAAUCACAUCUUACAGACAGAAAAUCCAUUUCCAUGGAUGGAAGUAGCAUGCCAGAUGAUGAGGAAAACCCAUGUACUGUGGAGGAAAUCAAAGUCAUGCUCCCAAAAACAAAGGAAGUUGCUUUGAAACAUGAAGAGGCACUUGCUUAUGCCUUCUCUAACCAGAUGCGGACAUCUAGGAUGGGCAUAUGUGUAGGACAGCAGCAGGAAAGAAAACUCGGACAGCUCAUAACCACAGAACAGCCAGAGAACAAAGGCAGAAGAACUUCAUGUGAUCAAAGACACUCUAUUAAAACCGUAGAAAUUGACACUUCUUCGGCUUACUCAUACUCAACCCCCAGUUGCCAGAAAUCAGAGUGUGGGCAUUACCUAAGUCCAAACUCUGUUCCCUCUCCACUCCACAGGAUUCCCCACAAUCUCACACACAUCAUUCCAUCCCCUACCAAAGAAAAAUUAUCAAGCCCUUGCCACCUAGUAGAAGUCAGGAACCAUCCAAAAGCUCUAACACCCAGAUUAAGCUCCACAGGGGCUGUGAUGCCAAGUUAUAUGGCUGCCACAGCAUCAACCAAAGCUCGGGUUCGCUCGCAAAGUGCACCAAGGCAGAGGCCUUCAAACCCGGACGCGGAAAAAAUGGGAUCAGCAAGGAAACAACUAUCUUUCGGGGUAUUUGACGCUUAUGCUCACCUUACUGGCAUCGCUGGCACUUGUGAUAUUGACCUUAGCAGCACCAGAUACAUGGGCAUCAAUGGACAUCAUUCUAGGGCUAAUCAAAUGCCAAAUGGAUCUUGUUGUUAUACUAAAUGACAACAAAGAUGGUGUUGUAGCAAUGGCUUCCGCAAGCCUUUUCUUUGUAAAAUCUAGAGCUAGAGGUAGAAGAUUAGAAGUAGUUAAGAAUGUAUGGAUGGACCGUAUGAUUAGAGAUAUAAGAAGUUUAUUACUAUUGAUAUUUUAAUUUAGAUAUCUAUGUUACUUUUAUAAAUCAGGUUGAUAUUUCCGCCGA